AUGAAGUUAAGUGGAGAAAUGAUGUCCGUUUAAAGUUAUUUAUAUGAAUAAGCUCAUUUAAAGGAAGAAGCUUCAAAGAAAGAGAUAAUAAGGUUAAUAAGAAAUGUAAUUGACAAUAUGGAGAAAAGUAGAAACUUUAAGUAGUUAAAUUAAUAACUCUCAAAAUUAAUAGUAGGAUUAAGGACAUGUAUUAAUUAAUAGGAAGUAUCAAGUUAUAUAAUUUAAUUAAUCUAAAUGAUAAGAGAAAUUGUUAAUAAUAAUUAAAACCAAAAGUAAUUUGAGUUUGAUAAAGAGAAAGCAAUUUUAAAUUAAAAAAUACAUGAAUUAGAAUUACAAACAAAAGAAAAUAAAUUUAAAUUUGGUAUGUAUUUUAUCUAAUUGAUUUAGAAUUGGAAAUGUAAAAUAAAGAAGCAUAAGUGAGAAUAAAAAAUUAUGAAGUUUAAUUAGAGUAAAUAAAAUAGAUGAAAAAAUAACAUCAAAUUUAACCUAAAAAAUAGUAAAUGAAUGGACAAGAAAAAAUAGAAUUAAAAAAUUAGAUAAAAUUGAUGCAAUCUAAGAUUUAAACACUUUCAGAGAAGGAAAAGAAAUUAAUAUAAUUAGUAAAAGCAGUAAAAUCAAGAGGAAUUGAUGUUGAACAUAUUUACAAAAAUAUUAAUUAGAUUUCAAGUAGAAAUAGUAAAGUUGAUAAUGAAGACGAAUAAUAAUAAUAUGAUUUAAUAGAUAAUUCAUAUUCUGAUUUUGCAGAUAUUUCUCAAUACGAUAUUGGUUAGAGUAGCAUUAAAAGGAACAAGAAAUUUUUAUUAGAUUGA